AUGGGCGACAAACAUGAAAAACACACAAAACCGAUAGUCUCUGUGAUCUCCGGCGGUAUUGCUGGGGGUGUGGAAGCUUCAGUAACAUAUCCCUUCGAAUUCGCCAAAACCAGAGCUCAAUUGCACGUUCGGAAAGCAGGAGUUCCAUACCCGAGGAAUCCAUUUGCUGUGGUAUUUCAGGUCUACAACCAAGAAGGAUUACGUGCGUUAUACAAAGGUUGCGGAGCUUUGGUGGUUGGUUCUGUUGGCAAAGAUGCUGUCAGAUUCUUGUCUUUCGACACAGUCAAGAAUCUCUUCAAGGAUCCCGAGACUGGUACUUUGUCGCCAUUGAGAAACAUGCUGGCUGGAAUGGCUGCGGGUGUUGUUGCGAGUGCCACUGCAGUCACACCUACAGAACGAAUCAAGACAGCUCUGAUCGACGAUGCCAGAGGAGCCAGACAAUUCACUUCAACCACGCAUGCCAUCAAGACAAUCUUAGCUGAAGACGGUUUCAAAGGCCUUUAUCGAGGCUUCGCCGGAACAACACUAAAGCAAGCCUCAGCAACAAGUUUCCGCAUGGGCACCUACAACAUCCUCAAAGACUAUGAGAAAAACCACCACAUUGAGCAAAACACGGUUACAAACUUUGCCAAUGGUGCUGUUGCUGGUACUACUACCACGUUAGCGACACAGCCUUUUGAUGUCAUCAAGACUAGGUCGCAGACUGCAAAGGCAACGACCACUUUGGAAGCUAUUGCGGGUAUCUGGAAGGAUGAUGGUAUUCGUGCUUUCUGGAGAGGCACGGUCAUGAGAUUGGGUCGUACUGUGCUAGCUGGAGGAGUGCUGUUUACAACAGCCGAGGCCGUCGCGAAGAUCAUCAACCCAAUCUUUGAUCGAUAG